UGAUUCACCUUCCACUUUGAUGUUUCUCAGACUCUUCAUCGAAUAAUCUUUAAUUCCUCCAAUCUCUCUUGUCAAAAUCUCUUUUUUUGAAUUACAGUUGAAGAUACUGUUAGCUGAGAUUCUGAUUAACAAGUGAUACUUAAUCAGAGACUGAGAGAUUUAAAUAAGUGUAUAGUGUGAGAAUUUUAAUAAAGUGUUGAUUUGAUUGAUUCAUUUUGAUAAAAUGAAUAACAAAGAUACAGAAGAAGUUGAGAUUGAGAGAGAAAUGGAGGAUGUUGUACAGAAGAAGAAUAUUGUUCGGCCUCAAUUGAAUUUAAGAGGUGCUGAGAUUCAAGGAAAUUAUGAAGAAAAAGAUCCAACUAUCUUAUUACCAAAUCAAUCUGAUGAUAUUUCUCAUCUAGCUCUAGACAUUGGAGGAUCAUUGAUUAAGUUAGUAUACUUUUCAAGACAUGAUCAAGAUCGUUCUAAGAAAUCACCUAAGGAUACAGUUGGGAGUUCUAGUUUUAAUAGGAGGAACAUGUUAUCUUCUAGUUCUUCUGGUGGUGGGAGGCUGCAUUUUGUUAACUUUGAAACACAGAAGAUUAAUGAGUGUUUGGAAUUCAUUUCUUCUAAGCAACUUCAUCUUGGUUCUUCUGAAAUAUCUUCUGGAAAUUCUGCAACUAUUAAGGCAACAGGUGGCGGGGCGUUUAAGUUUGCUGAUUUGUUCAAAGAGAAACUUGGGGUUAGCAUUGAUAAGGAAGAUGAGAUGGAUGCUUUGGUGGCUGGAGCAAAUUUUUUGUUGAAGGCGAUUUCUCAUGAAGCUUUCACACAUGUUGGGGGACAGAAAGAAUUUGUGCAGAUUGACCAUGAUGACUUGUACCCCUAUCUUCUUGUUAAUAUCGGCUCUGGCGUUAGUAUAAUAAAGGUGGAUGGAGAUGGUACGUUUGAGCGGGUUAGUGGGACAAACGUUGGAGGUGGUACUUUUUGGGGAUUGGGAAAGCUUUUGACGAAGUGUCAAAGUUUUGAUGAGUUGCUUGAGAUGAGUCAGCGAGGUGAUAUUAAAGCUGUAGACAUGUUUGUUGGAGACAUCUAUGGUGGUAUGGACUAUUCCAAGAUUGGUCUGUCAGCAACAAAUAUUGCUUCUAGCUUUGGGAAGGCAAUUUCUGAAAAUAAGGAGCUCGACGACUACAGGCCUGAAGAUCUCACCUUAUCUCUCUUGAGAAUGAUAUCGUACAAUAUUGGGCAGAUCGCUUACUUGAAUGCAUUUAGGUUUGGGAUCAAGCGGAUAUUUUUUGGAGGUUUUUUUAUUCGGGGUCAUGCUUAUACCAUGAAUACUAUCUCCAAUGCGUUCAAUUACUGGUCAAAGGGUGAGGCACAAGCUAUGUUUUUACGGCAUGAGGGGUUUCUAGGAGCUUUGGGUGCAUUCCUGAGCUCUGAAAAGCACGGUCUGGAUGACUUAAUGCCACACCAGCUAGUAGAGCGAUUUCCAAUGGGCGCACCUUAUGUGGGAGGAAGGAUCCAUGGUCCACCUAUUAGAGAUCUAAAUGAGAAGAUUACAUGGAUGGAAAAAUUUGUCCAGAAAGGAACUGAGAUUAUUGCACCGGUACCCAUUGUUUUAAAGGGAAUCAGGGGUCCUGAAGGCCUGUCACAUUCUUCCUCGAAAGGAGAUGCUUUAAACGUUGGAGUUCUUCAUGUCGUACCGACACUCGAGGUGUUUCCAUUAUUGGCUGAUCCUAAAACGUAUGACCCUAACACUUUUGAUCUCUCGGAUCAAACAGAACUUAAGUAUUGGUUGACCAUCCUAUCAGAAGUUUUGCCUGACCUUGUUGAUAAGGCGGUAGCAAGUGAAGGUGGAACAGACAUUGCUAGAAGAAAGGGUGACGGCUUUGCACAUGCAUUCUCAGCUCAUUUGGCUAGAUUGAUGGAAGAGCCUGCUGCUUACGGGAAGCUGGGACUUGCAACUCUUCUGGAGUUAAGAGAAGAUUGCUUGAGGGAGUUUCAGUUUGUUGAUGCGUAUAAAACCAUAAAACAGAGAGAAAAUGAAGCAUCACUUGUAGUUUUCCCUGACCUUUUAAUGGAGCUCGAUAGUAUGACUGAGGAGAAUCGAUUACAUUCUGUAAUUGAAGGUGUUCUAGCUGCAAAUAUAUUUGAUUGGGGAUCACGUGCAUGUGUGGACCUGUAUCAUAAUGGAAGCAUUAUUGAAAUAUAUCGCAUGAGUCGCAACAAAAUGUGUCGGCCUUGGCGUGUGGAUGACUUCGAUAUAUUUAGGGACAGAGUGCUAGGCUCUGCUACCGAGAAACCUAAGCCACAUAGGAGAGCAUUGCUAUUUGUGGACAACUCUGGUGCCGAUAUUGUUCUUGGAAUGCUUCCACUAGCUCGGGAACUCCUACGCCGUGGAACUGAGGUUGUUCUGGUCGGAAACUCCCUUCCUGCCCUAAAUGAUGUGACUGCGAUGGAACUUCUUGAAAUUGUUACCAAGGCUUCAAAGUACUGUGAUAUUCUCCGAAAAGCCGCUGAAGCAGGAGGCCUGCUCAUGGAUACAAUGGCAAAAAGUAUACCAUCAGUGCCUCUAACAGUUAUUGAGAGUGGAUGUGGAGGUCCAUGCAUAGACUUCCGCCAAGUUAGCUCAGAGCUUGCUGCCGCUGCUAAUGAUGCAGAUCUGAUUAUCUUGGAAGGAAUGGGUCGUGCUAUUCAUACCAACUUCAAUGCUCACUUUAAAUGUGAUGCUCUGAAGCUUGCAAUGGUGAAGAACCAAAGGUUAGCAGAGAAACUAUUGAAAGGAAAUAUAUACGACUGUGUCUGCCGAUUUGAACCAGCUGACUGAAACUAGUAUAAUAUUUUAUUAUUAUUCUCUAAUUUCUCUACUUAAUACAAUGUAGACACGUUAUAAAGAUUUUAGUGACACGAUUGAUAUACAGAAAAUGUUAGCCAUUUUUUUGAACAA